CGGAUGAAAUAGACCGGUCAAGGUAUAGUGUUGAAUAAAAGGGAUGUGCUUGUCUUCUUUUGCCAGGGAACUUAAAAAGAAGAGGCUGUCAAGAUGCCUGAGACUGGCGGCGCAUCAGUUGUUCCCAAGAAGGGCCUAACACUCGAUGACCUCAUCGCGGCCAUUGACCGACAUGAAAGGAACCCGAGCAACAUCCCAAAGGUCGAUACUUUCCAUUUCUGUGGGGAAAGAGUCUUAGAAUGGCUAGAGCAGGUGGAACAAGCUUUGGUCGGGCGGCCGAAUGUUGUAAAGUUUCAACGCAUCUUUCAGUAUGUCCUCCACAGCUACCAUCAGGAGGUGAAAAAAGUCAUAGAUGCGGCUCAAGGUAGCUGGGACAGGUUCAAGGAGGGGAUGCAGAGGAAAUACCACCUGGGAGACGGGUUGUUGACUACCACGGACCUUGAAGCGAUGAACAAAGAGGAUUUUACGACUAUAGGGGCCUUUGUUCAAGAAUUUAAGAAGAGGGCGCGAAAGGUCCAUGGGAUUUCGGAGGAAGCACAAUGCGCCAUCCUCCUGGGGCUACUCACAGCAUCGGAGGCCGUCGAAUUGACGAGACAUGGAGGAGGUAGCACUAAGCUCACCUGGGCCACCAUUGACAGAGGGGUGGAAGUUCGGUGUUUGGACCAGGUAGAACAUCGUCAGGAGCGCCUGCAAAGAGAGAAGAGAAAGGAAAGAGAUGCGACCGCUUCUGGGACCCCGGGAGUAACAAGGAUUGUUACAGACGUAUUGGCACAGCUAGGGUAUGCAACAGAGCCGGUGGUGCAAAGGAGGGUGGUGACGGCUGUUAAAGUAAAAGGAAAAGAGUCAGUGAUAGAGGAGGCUGGUCAGGAGGAGCUCUGGGAAGAGGAAGAGCCCGUGCCACAGCACUUGACGAAGGUUCAGCGCAAAGUGCCCCCGCGACUCUGCGAUGAACUGAAGGGGAGGAUAUCACGGCGCCUGGUGCCCAAUGUCCAUCUGGGUACGAUCCUGCCCAAGGAGGCAGAGUGGGCAGAGUCAGGUACGAAGAUGGACUGGAAGUGCGUAGCCUGUGGUACGGUGGAUUUGAUGGUGAAGGGUUCCAAGUGCGCAGCAAUGGUGGACACCGRGGCARAGAUGAACAUUAUUCGGGAGGCGGACGCGAUCAGAUUCGGGUUGGAUAUAGACCGUUCUGACUGCGGUAUUCUGCAUGGAGCCAGCUGUAAGGCCAUGUUUUGCGGGACAACCUCGAAUGUGUUCGUCGAGGUUGAAAAGGUGAAGGCAAGGGCAUGCUUCUUCAUAAUGCCAGACGUGGACCAUGGAAUCCUCCUGGGGAGGUCAUUCCUAAGCAGGACAGAGACCGUGAUGUUCAACAAAAAAGAUGGGACGUUGAUCCUCCUCUUAUGCGAUCCUGCCUGCGGAAAUUAUGAAAUAAUUACUUGUAGGAACACUGGGCCAAGGAGUAUAAGGAACCAGCCCAAUCCAGGAUCAUUCACAAUCGAGGAGUCGGAAGGAGAGUGCAAGAGGCUCUGGGCAGAGCCCGAAGCAGGAGAGGGCGUGAAAGCAUUUUCCCUCAGCCUGUCAGAUGUUGGGAAGGCCAUGGACCUGGUGGCCGCGCAUGAGAUGGCAGAUCCGGAUGCCAUCCAGGCCUUGAGGGAACAAGUUCUGGAAUUCCCUGAGGCAGGAAGGUUGAAAUUGGUAUAUCGGCUCCCAGGCAGUGGAGGGAACCCCGCAUCAGCGCAAACACAAUCUGAAAGCCUAGACCAGUCAGGCUCGUUGAACCCGGCAGGGAAUGUGGACGAAAUACCCGAGAGCCAGGACGACGAGUUCGAGGAAGGGGAAAUUAAGGAAGCUUCUCGUGCAGUGGAGUACGACGGGAUCUACCUAGAGAUGGGGCUUCUUCUGUCAUGUGAAAUGCGGCUAAGAGAUACGAGCGAUAGGGCUCAAAGGAUGCUACAGCGCUACUUAGUGCGAGACGGUCACCUUUUCGUGAGAAGGGAAAUGGGGAAUCCCAUGAGAGUCGUCUGCGGUAGGAAUCGUCAGAUCGACGUCGUAGCAGCGCUUCACGAUGGUAUUGCAGGAGGACAUCGAGGGGUACAAGCCACGUAUGCCGAAAUAAGUGAGUUGUACUACUGGGAUGGGAUGAUGAAUAUGGUCGGAAAGUUCUGCCGAUCUUGCGUACCUUGCCAGGAAAGAUCCCGUUUAAGGCAAGGAGAGCCGCUGCAUCCCAGGCUAGAGCGAGAGGUGGGGGCUGUAGUGCAUCUCGAUCUACUUUUUAUGCCACUUGGGGAUCAAGGCUAUUUCUAUAUCUUCGAUGCGCGCGAUAACCUGUCUGGGUUCGUAGACGGGCGUGCUAUUCGCACAAAGACCGGGUCAGUCCUGGUGAGCUGCAUCGAGGAGUACUACCUGCGUUAUCCCUUCGUCAGGGAAUUCGUAAUGGACAGGGGAUCAAAGUUUACCUGCCAGGAGGUGCAAGAACUGUUAUCAAGGUCUGACUUUACGAAGACAGCCAUGCCAAGAGGAGGGAAGGGGACACGGCUGCCUCAGAGGUCGUUGGGCGCAUCAGGAGGAUAUGAGCGGCAUUGGUCUCGCCAUCGAGAGAGUACUCCAGUCUACAAUGAUGGGGACAUCGAGCUAUUCAUGGACAGUUUCUGGGAGCAUGCGAGGCGUAUGGGCUGGACCGUCGCUCAGGCGAUUGAGAGAUUGAGGGGAGCAGGUAGGUUCGAAGAGCCCGUUACCAGGAUUCAUAGGGAGGCGACGACGAGGCAGGAGGUGGAGAUGAGGAUGGAGGAGUUGCGACCCUCGCCUGUGGGACCUGAUGGCAGGCCGAUCUGCCUGGAGAUUGGAAAUGCGUCGAACUUCAUCCCCGCGUUUGAGUGGUUCAUGCAAGAGCAGGGCAUACUGAGAGAUGAUUGGAUACAGACGCUGCCACUCUGGACCAGGAAGGCAGAAAGGCCACUGACUAUGCAGAUCAGGGACAUGGCACGAGAUUGGGAGAGCUGCAGGGCACAUUUGAGAGAGGCCUUUCAAUGGCCAGAGCUCCCUCAGCCCAGAGUCGAGAGGCGGCAGAGGAGUUAGAGGCCGAGGGACCCUGAGCCCAGGGAGGCGAGACCAUCUCGAGGAGGACGGAAGGCCCUAGCCA